AUGGCGGCUAUUGUGCAAAAUGCUCCGCAAGGUACUGGAAAAGCAGCAGAUUUGCUGAAUCAGCUACCAGAAGAUAUCCUUGCAGAAAUGUGCCAGGAUGUUAUGAGAGUUUUGCAGUACAAGCUCAGCUGUGUUAAUAUUAAAUCAUUCACUCAGAAAAUAAAUUCUGUAAGCAAGAUUGUUGAAGAUGUUUCUGUUCAAAGCUGCGUUAAUGCUGUGACUUAUUUAUACAGGGAAGCUGCAAGAUCAGACUUGAAUUCAGAGAACCUGUCCAAGCAGUUGGCCUCAAGUUCUUUAUUCAAAAGGAAUGUUGUUGAUGUUUUAUGCCGAAUAUGGGAACAACAGGGGAGGUUACUCUCAUCGUCAGACGUUACACAGCUGCUCAAUGUAGGACAGCUGGUGGAUAUGAAGUGGAAACUAGGCGUUGCCAUGAGCUCUGACUGCUGCCGUAACCUGAAUGUUCCCUACGUGACUAUAACAUUAGUCAUAGCGGACACAUCAGGGAAACAGCUUACAAACACAAUAGAGAUGUCUGUUACAGAAUUUCAGAAAUUUUCCAACCAGAUGAAGGAAAUAGGUUCAGUCCUUGAAACAGUGUGAUGAAGCCAUCCAUAUCUAAUGGGACAGGGUUUUUGUCGAUAGGCAUCUUUCUUGCAAGUCACCGGUGAAUACUAUCUGUCUCCUACAGUUAUACAGCCCCCAGUUUUCUUGCAGCUGAAACUACUUACUGACUGCUCACAGCAAGAGGCUCUGGACAAAGAUUCCCGUGUGAUUUACCUGAGAAUUUUUUGAUGCCAUUUUUCAUCUAAAUGGUAUGGAAGUAUGCUCAGAUGACAGAUGUUGCAUAGAUAAUGUACAGAUGAUGUCAGUUGGUGUCACGCAGCAUUACAUCUUUAAAGAAUGUUUUCUUUAUGCGGAAAAAAUACAGCGGGAGUAUUUCCACAUGUGUUGUUAAAAAUGACAUUAAAUCAUAAUUAGUUUUUUGUGAAAUAACAGUAUCUGUAUGCGAAAGACGGCCAUGCCUCAGAUGAUGACAUGCUUCUGGCUGUUCGAAUUUCCGCUUUUCCUGCUAUGUUUCCUGUUUUCUGUGAAAUUAUGGUUAAGAUACACCUUUAUGUAGGGCUUAAGUGGUUAAUAGUUUUGCCGCCUCAAAUUGAACAACAUGCAUAUAUAUGCAGUAGCAACAAAAUGGCAUGCAGUAGUAACACAAGCCAUACCAUUCUGUCCAGUAGUGUCUUAGUUUGAAACUGGACAGUAGGCGUGGAAACCUUUGUGUUGACUUCUUGACGCAAGGAUACAAAUAAAACGAUGAAUGCCACAACAAGCCAUUCUGAGCUCAAGUGACUCGUUGGUGACUCGUUGCUUGCCACUUUCGCCAGUCAACAGAUAAGCUGUGCGCCAAAUAUAAACACACUGUAGAACUUGUUAGAACGUCCUUCCUGUUGUUUGACAUAAGGAAUGUUGAAAGCGUUAAAGUCGGGUAAAACGUUAACUUUUUCUCCACACAUCCUGGUUGCAUCGGUCAGUGUUUAUCAAAUGUUAUUAAUAAAUAGCACACCUUGGUGUACACCUGUGGUAUUUCCUUGCGUACUGUCUUUGCCUCUCUGUUACCAGGCUAAUAUCAGGGGGGCAUGUGCAUGCAUGUCUUAGUGUCCAAGCGUCACAAAUACAUUAAUGAAAACAACGUCAGUACUGUGUUUUGAGGUUAUUAUUUUUAAAAAAUCACAUUAUUUGUUUCACUUUAACUGCUUAUUUUUGUUGUCUUCCCUACACGUCCCUGAGUAAAAGUGCAGUGUAUCGGAAAGUAAGCCACAGGCAGUACAGCUCUCGUCAUCGUGAGAACACGUGUUAGGAUGAAUCGAGAGCUGUAAUAGUCACUAUCGUACUGUAGAUCAAGAACAACUGAGUA